UCUCGAGUACACCUCAUCAUUCUUCUUCGUGUGAGAGAGAUCUUUUUGGAAAACGAAAGCGGGAUUUAGCGUAUAGCAGCUUCCACCGUUUCGCCGAAUUUCAUCGAGCUUCAAGUGAACAUGAGUAAACCAAUGGAAGAGGAUACCAACCAGGGAAAGACUGAGGAGGAGGAGUUCAACACUGGACCACUCUCUGUUUUGAUGAUGAGUGUUAAGAAUAACACUCAGGUGUUGAUCAAUUGCCGUAACAACAGGAAACUCCUUGGCCGAGUUAGGGCUUUUGACAGGCACUGCAACAUGGUUCUUGAAAAUGUCAGAGAAAUGUGGACUGAGGUUCCGAAAACCGGAAAAGGAAAGAAGAAAGCUCUUCCUGUUAACAGAGAUCGAUUCAUCAGCAAGAUGUUCCUGCGUGGAGACUCAGUCAUUAUCGUCCUCAGGAACCCCAAGUGAAAGAAGCUCUUCUUAUGAUAAUUCUCGCUUCUUCUUGUCAAAUCCUAAUUGUUGCAUCAACAGUGAGAACAUGUUUUGAUUAUGAGCCUUAAAUCUACUAGUGUUGCCUUGUAUUUUUCACUUGUCUUCUAUCUUUGACUUGAAACGCAGCCAGUGAACUUUGUAAUAUCAAAAGAGAAGUUCUUUUUUCUUUUAAAACUGUAGUGAGGUCCAUGAAUAGUAGUAAGUAAAGGUACC